AUGCCUCACGCCCCACGCCAGGGAAACCGCAGGAGGUCCCCAGGUCCGAAAGCGAAAGCGCAAAAACCAAAGCAAGCACCACCAGCAAACAAGCAGCACGCCAAUCGCAAAGCUGAAAUUGAAAAAGCCAAAGCCGAAGCCGAACAACUCGAGGAAGAAGAGUCUUCUGGACUUAAUCUUGUCAGCACAAUUCCUCUCACCCUCCAGCAACUACUUUUGGACGUAUUCAAGACAGCACUCCUCGGCAACCCAGUCGCAGAGUCGGAGUCUGCAAGCCAGGAUGCCAACCCCGCUGAAUCACAAUCAGACGAAAAUAAAGAUGAACCAUUAGAUAUUAAAUCUCUCAUCCAAACAAUCAAGGGGCUUCUAUACCAGCGCGAUUUUGACUCUGCCUUUACCGAGGCAGGCGAGGAUCUGCUGCGCGCCUAUGCAUUGCGCUGGAGUGCCUCCCGGUCAUUGGGAUAUGCGGGCCUGUUGAAGGGAGUUUUGACUUGGAUGAAAGAGGAAGAGGGAAAUACGCGAGGCCGUGCUAGAAGCAAGAACACCUGCACUCGUGUUGUAUCAAUUGGUGGCGGAGCCGGUGCAGAGAUCGCUGCUCUUGCAGGUGCGUGGAGAGACAUGGGCCCCCAAGCCCAGUCGCUUGAGGAACGUGUUGCCAACGUCUCCCUUGAAGACUCGGAAAAUCAAGAUGAAAAGACAGAAGUUGAAGACCAAGGUGUCAGCGCACCAAGCCUCUCAGUCAUGGCUGUCGAUAUCGGAAACUGGUCGGACGUUGUUGAUAGGCUUUCACGAACCAUCACAUCAGCUGAUGUGCCAUUCUCGCAAACAACAAAAUAUCGUCCGCCGUUGCUGUCGGAGAAAGUGGCCAGUGAAACAUUCUCCGUGGCUUUUCGUCGCGCAGAUGUCCUGACUCUUCCUGAGGAGGGACUGAGGGAAAUCUUCCUCGGACCUUCCUCGGCCUCUCCUUUCACUUCCGUUCUCGUCCCUAUCAUGUUCACUUUGAAUGAGCUCUUCUCUACCUCCAUGCCAAAGACUACCGGUUUCAUGCUCAAAAUGACGGAAAUCCUUCCUGCCGGUGCGGUGCUUCUGGUUGUUGAUAGUCCUGGCAGCUAUUCCACUUUGAAGCUAGGAAAAGGACCGGACGGUGAACCACAAGAGAGGAACUAUCCCAUGAAGUUCUUGCUUGACCACACGCUGCUGUCUGUGGCGAAGGGCAAAUGGGAGUGCGUAUACACGCAGGACUCGAGAUGGUGGAGACGGGACGCUGUGCGUCUGCGGUAUGAAGUUGGCGAAGGCGCAGGCUUGGAAGAUAUGCGCUUCCAGAUGCAUGUGUAUCGGCGGUUGUAG